UGAAGAAUAUCGUCAGUAAUAUCGUUGACACAUGACAACUUCGUGGCAACUUCGUACCCAGGAACCCAGGGGCUUUUGGCGUGAUUGAAAGGCAAAAGAAAGUGAUCGGUAAAAGAUCGGAAAUCAAUUCAAGCAAGUGGAAACACAUGAAAGUGACAGGAAAGUGAGGAAAGUGAUCAAAGUGUCAGUGAUCAAGAAAAUUAUACGUACACUUGCCAGUAUCACUGUCGAAUAUUCUGUCGAAUACCAAUAAUACAUCGUCGUUUUAUCGAUAAUCAAAUAAAUUUUUGAAUUUCCUCUCGUUUUUGGAAGGGUUGUGACAGUUUUUAUAGCUUUACACAAAUAUGGCAGCUAACAUGGUUCAAGGGAUUGAUAGGAUUGCAGGUCAAAUGGGUUAUUUAGUAGUGAAUUCUGAAGGUGCUGUUAUAGCGUCUGGUGGAGAUCUUGAGAAUGAAGAAAAUAUUGCGAAUAUAUUUUUAAAAAUGCUGCAGUAUGCUACUAAGGUGCCUUUAUCAGCAGAUGAUUCCCAGAAUUGUAAGAGAGUUUCAGUUGUCUACAAUGAUUUCACGUUACUGGCAACAGUUUCCAAUCAAAAGGUGUAUAUUAUCAAAAAGGAAAAUGAAAUAUCAUAGUUGGACAGGUUAAUUUUUACUCUGAAUUUAUCAAUCGAAUAUGCUCAUAUAUUUUAGCUCCAAAUUAGUCUUUCAAUGUGUUGGACAUGGCGUGAAUCUAAUUAAACUUUUAAUUUGUGAGUAAUUGGAUUCGAAAUUGAAAAAAGUUCCAUUUAAUUUAUUCCAUUUUGAACAUCACAGAUUAUAUGGAUUGACUAUAUCAUUGUAAUCAGUGUUUUACAAAAUUGAAGUGCCAGAAUUUCUUGAGCAACAUGGCGAAGAGGCGGAUUUGCUUACUUGUUACUUCACCGUUUAAGUGCUACGAAACACGCUUUGAACAAGAUGAAUAACGGAUAUUGCAAACAAGAAUAGUGAAAGAACAGAGUCCUGCUGCACUCCAUGGGUUAUUGCGCUAAUUGAGGAAACAGUUCAUCUUUUUGUACGCCUUCGAACCUUUUAAUGGCAAAUGAAGACGCGCCUAGUAUACCGUAAUUAUUCGAAUAAACGCCGCGGCGUUUAUUAAAUUUUCAGCAAUUAAGAUGCGGCGUUUAUUCGAGGGCGUCGUUUAUUCAAGGGAAGCGUUUAUUGCAAACUCGUAACAACUCUGAAUCUAUUGUGUAAUUUAAACGCCAAUUUAACCAAUACAAUCAGUCCCCAAAAAAACUAAGUAUAAAAGUUAUGUGUCUGUUCUAUUUAUAUAAUUAUAUAUGAAAAUUGAACUGUGGUUAUAAAUAAAUACUUCGAAUAAACGCCGCGAUGACGAAAAGGUUGCGGCGUUUAUUUAAGGGCGGCGUUUAAUGAUAUUUUUGCUUGUCUCUGCGGCGUUAUUUCGAGGGCGGCGUUUAUUCGAGGGAGGCGUUUAUUCGAGUAAUUACGGUACGCAUUUUAACUCGUACAAUGUGAUUGUAUGGUUAACAUUAUCAAAGCCCUAGAAAGGUCCAACAAAAUGGUGACUAUUACCAUAGGCAGCCCAGAAAUCUGUUUAUAUAUAUAUAAA